CUGUAAGUCGAUGGACCGAGGAGAGAGAGAGAGAGAGAGAGAGAGAGAGAGAGCAGUCGGACAUCUCAGAGGGAUUCAGCGCUGCAGAACGGUGAGAAGCAAGGCAGAGCUGAACCUGAGCCCAGUUUUACACUCAGAAGACCCUGUGAGAUGUUUAGAAACAAACCUGACAGGUGAAUUUCAGCGUUUAGACGAACACUCGUGUUAGGACGCACUCAAUCCAUCCUCACUGGGCGGCCCAUGCACAUGCACGACAACAUGGGUAGCUCCCCGGAGGUGCUCUCGUGGACUUCCUGCCCCAGUCUACUGGUGGGCAAACUGAAGGAGGAGCUCAAACUCACUGUGGCUGGGGACGGAAUGAAAAAAACAAACUUGCCCAACACCCAACCUCAGCCUCCUCAGGCACCUCCUUUGAACCUACCUCCUCAGAUUAUCACAGACUUGGCCCCGCCCACACACCUGCCUGUUCCCCUGCAGACGCUACAGACGUCUAUUCAGGAUGAGGACUCAAUGCUGGGGGGUAUAACUCCCCCUCACGUAGCUUUGAGCGUGGAUUCCACAAGGAGCGAGGGCGGACACUUUGACAACAGCGUGCUCCAGCUGCAGGAGCACGACCACGAGGAGGCUGUGUCACCGGCCUCAUGUGAGCAUGGCGGGUGUGGGUGUGGGAGUGGGAUGGAGGAGCAGAUGGAAGAAGGGGACUGUCCCAUGGAUCACAGUGGAGAGGGGAGGCAGAACCACCACCCCCACCACCCUGAUGACAUCAAGCUGCACUUCCAGAGAGCAGGUCCUGGUUCGGGCGGCUUCUUAGAGGGGUUGUUUGGCUGUCUGCGGCCCGUCUGGAACAUCAUCGGGAAGACAUACUCGACAGAAUACAAGCUGCAACAGCAAGACAUGUGGGAGGUUCCAUUCGAGGAGAUUUCAGAGCUGCAGUGGCUCGGCAGCGGUGCACAAGGAGCCGUCUUCUUGGGAAAGUUCCGCUCUGAGGAGGUGGCCAUCAAGAAGGUGCGCGAGCAGAAGGAGACGGACAUAAAACCCCUGCGAAAACUCAAACAUCCAAAUAUCAUCAGCUUCAAGGGUGUGUGCACGCAGGCACCUUGUUACUGCAUCAUCAUGGAGUACUGCGCUCAGGGCCAGCUGUAUGAGGUGUUGAGAGCGGGGAGGAAGGUGACCCCGAGGCUGCUGGUGGACUGGGCCUCAGGCAUCGCCAGCGGCAUGAACUACCUACACCUGCACAAAAUCAUCCACAGAGACCUCAAGUCUCCCAAUGUUUUGGUGACCCACAACGACACUGUGAAAAUCUCUGACUUCGGAACGUCCAAAGAGCUCAGUGACAAAAGUACAAAGAUGUCAUUUGCUGGUACAGUGGCCUGGAUGGCCCCAGAAGUGAUACGAAAUGAGCCUGUAUCUGAAAAAGUAGAUAUAUGGUCCUUUGGUGUUGUGUUAUGGGAGCUUCUGACUGGAGAGAUUCCCUACAAAGACGUGGAUUCCUCUGCCAUUAUUUGGGGUGUUGGCAGCAACAGUCUCCACCUUCCUGUUCCCUCCACCUGCCCCGAUGGCUUUAAAAUCCUCAUGAAGCAAACAUGGCAAGGCAAACCUAGGAAUAGGCCUUCAUUUCGUCAGAUCCUAUUACAUCUGGACAUUGCCUCUGCUGAUGUCCUGGGAGCUCCCCAGGAGACCUACUUCAAGUCUCAGUCAGAAUGGAGAGAGGAGGUGAAGAAACAUUUCGAGAAGAUCAAGAGUGAAGGCACCUGUAUCCACAGGCUGGAUGAAGAGCUCAUCCGGCGCCGGAGGGAUGAACUGAGGCAUGCUCUGGACAUCCGGGAGCACUAUGAGAGGAAACUAGAACGAGCAAACAAUCUCUACAUGGAGCUCAGCGCCAUCAUGCUGCAGCUGGAGGUCCGGGAGAAAGAACUAAUGAAGAGAGAGCAAGCAGUGGAGAAGAAAUAUCCCGGGACAUAUAAGCGCCACCUGGUCCGACCCAUCGUCAGGUCCAACGCCGUAGAGAAGCUUAUCAAGAAGAAAGGAAGCAUUUCCCACAAACCGGGGAUGCCAUCCGCUAAAAGGCCCGACUUGCUUCGUUCUGAUGGCAUCCCCAGUGUCGACUCUCUUCCCUCCCCCUCGCCACUAUCGGCAAGCCCUAAAGUCUCAACGCCUCCCGGCAAAGCCCGAUACAGAAGCAAGCCUCGCCACCGCCGCGCCAACAGCAAAGGCAGCCACAGUGAGUUCCCUGGGCUGUUGAAGUCUAUAGCUGGAGCCUCAGAGGACACACAGUCUCUUCAGGAGCAACAGUUCCACCAUCACCACCACCACACACUACCUGAGGGGGCCCUCCUCCCCUUGAAGGGCCGCGAACAGGCCGUUGUCAACUGUGCCAAUAACCUACGCUACUUCGGCCCCGCGGCUGCCCUCCGCAGCCCCCAGACGGACCACCUGCAGCGCCGCGUUUCUGAAUCCAGCCCCGACCUCAUAUCCACCGCGGUGGACGCAGACACGCGACAGAGGACUUCAUCCACCAGCUCCAACCACGUCCCAGGUGCUGGUGCUGGCUCUCUGUGUCCCUGCUGUCAGGCUCACCCCUUCCCUGGAUGCCUUCACUGUCAGGAGACCCCUCCAGUAUCAAACCACCCAGAGUUACCUCACUACUCACUGCUCAACACGCAGGAAAGCACCCAGUCCUUUUUGGGGGCUCCCGGCAAAGACCAAACUACAGACAGCGAGGCCACCAAAAAGACCGAGCCACAGGAACGUGACGCAUCGGAACACACACACACCCUCCCCUCUGCCCUGCCCCGCAUUCUCAGACCUCUCAGGAAGGGAGGCGAUGAGUCAUCUGAAGAGGAGGAGGGGGAGGUAGAUAGUGAAGUGGAGUUUCCAAGAAGACAGAGACCUCAUCGCUGCAUGAGCAGCUUUCAGUCCUACUCCACCUUCAGUUCAGAAAACCUGUCCGUGUCCGACGGCGAAGAGGGAAACACCAGCGACCACUCCCACAGCGGACCCCUAGAGAGGAUGAGCGCCAGCCAGGAGGAGCACCUGGAUGAGCUGCUGUCGCACACACCGGACAUCCCCAUCGACAUCUCCACCCAGUCAGACGGCCUGUCUGACAAGGAGUGUGCUGUCCGUAGGGUGAAGACCCAGAUCUCACUGGGAAAACUGUGCUCUGACGAACACAGCUACGAGAAUCCACUACAGUUUGGGGACUCAGACUGUGAUUCAUCAGAAGCAGAGUGUUCAGACGCCACCAUCAGAAACAACAAAGCUGGGGCUCCAUCUUCGUGGUGAAAAGGUCCCCAGGGCUUAGUUCUGUUUUUGCCUGGAGGCCAUCGUGUCCCAUUCUGCUCUGCAGAAAACACAGCAAUAAGAGGACCACAUUGUAAACAAAGCUCCCUAUAGCAAAGCCCCAUGCAAUCUCUCCCAGGACCCCCCUUGUCCCCCCC